CCGUACGAUACCGUAACAAUCUGGUUUAUGUUUCAAGCGAAUGCAAAUCGGCCCUCGAGGGAUAAUUCCUUGAUCUAUGGCUUUUAUCACUCAGUAUCGAGGUCUGAAUUUGGUCUGUUCAUACAAACGAGCUAAAACAUGAAGAAAACGUUCUUAAAAUCUGAGUGGUAUGAGACCGUGAGAAUGAAAGAGAAACAUUUGCUAGCUAGCUGCUUUUGAUUAUGAAUAAAUGAUAACGCUCCUUUAAAGGAAAUAAUUCAGUAUAUUCCUUUCAUUUUCCUCGGUGGUAUAAUAUAAUUUCUUCUUUGUGAAUUAAGGACCAGUAAUUUCGUUUUUCCAAUUAUAUAUUCGUCCUACCCUUUUGUGUUGCUUUGUCAAAAUUUUUAGUCACUGCUUUCGGCUUCAUUGUUAUGUGCAUAUGUGAAAAAGUGUCAAUUUUCUAUUUUCAGCUCCGAGCUAUAUAGAUAACGUAAUAUUCAUUUCCAAUUUUUUUAAUAUAAUAUACCGAUAUAAAUAUGUAGAAAAAAACACCCAGGGGAAAAAAAUCCAGAAUGGAAUGGAAGGCUUAAGUUGUAAUUAUGAAUAAUGUAAACCUUAUUGAUAAUUAUAAUAAGUUUUAAACAAGUUGAAUUUAGUUUUGCGUCCUGUAUAUAAUAUCAUCUAUGAAUGCUGUGAGAAAAUUUCUUCAAGUGAUUCGCGCGGUUGGAAACCAUUUCGGCAGGUACAAAGGGGCGGGGGCUGUCACCCAGAACUAUCUUGCGGUUUCCAUCAAUAUUGCCACGAAUGUGGAACGAUAUAAGUAGGCAUGAUAAACAGCAAUUCUUAGCAUAAACAACCAUGAGCUAGCCAGGUAAGUGGAGUAUAAUUUUUUCGUGAUAAUAGCGCGAGCUCGAAUGUUUGCAUUGCCGAUUUGGUUAAGACAUCCUGGCAGGAAAUUAGAUGUUUAACAGAAUUUUGCCUGUCGAAAAAUAAUGCUUUCCUUUCACGUCGUGUGGUCUAAUUUCUUCUUCGAUUCGUAAUUUAAACACGGCUAUAGUUAGCAUUUUUCUUUUUUUUUUUGUGGAAUUUUUUUACUGUCAAAACAAAAUACUAAAGUAUUUCUCUCGGGUCGACGGAAAGCCACGACAUGUUCAUUGAGUGUAACUCCGCAAAACAGCUGACAGUAUAUUAACUGAUAUUCACUUGGUCAGAUCAGUCGGCUUAUCUACGAAUGAAAUAAGCUUUAUUUACUUUUAAGGAAAAGGAGAACUAAUUGGUUUACCUAUAGCACAACUUUUGAAUGUUUUGUCCGGAAAUGUGUGAUGAUUCUAUAUAAUAGAAAUGUACAAAUAUCCACUUUAUUUUCACGCAUCUGUUUAUUCUGCGACUAACGUCAGUAAAAUUAUUGAUACUGUGUAUUCACAAAAUGAUGCUUACAACGCCGGCAAAAAAGCCUUAUUUUGCAGUAGCAAAUUAAAUGUGUCUAAAAUCUGUCAUCUCCAUUAUCCAUCAAACUUUUUUGGCACAAUUAUACAAACAUUUACGUGGUUAUAACCCCGCGUUUAAUGUAAAAAUAAUAUUUGAGCUUUUCAAAGGAAAAUCAUCUUUCAUAUUCAACCGCUUGUCCUCAAAUCGUUGCCUUUGAAAUUCUUAAAUUUUACGCGAAAGGAAAAUCUUUUUUUUUUAUUUUGAAUGACUGAGCAUUUCUGUGGACAGAGCGAGGAUUUUCAAUUCAGCUCUAUUUAAAAAGGACCAUUUGUUAUUCAAAAAACCAUCAUUUUAAUUGAUAUUUUGAAGCUCAAAAGCAGAUCAAUUCAAAUCAUUUCGUUAUCAUGCAAAUUAGCAGACAAAGUCACAGAGAGCGGAAAGCAGCUGUACUAACAGAUAUUUCCCUGAGCCAACAUUACAGAAAUUUAUUUGGGUUUUACACUAGACUGUAAAAUGAAAGGAAGUUAAAUCAAUCUUUACUUUGUUUGGUUCACAGAUACACCUAAGUGAAAGAGGCAUCUCGAGAUAAAUCCAGAGAAAAACCUCAAUACAAAGUCGUCGCCGAGCAAAACACUCCAGAAAAAAAAACACUCAAACCUCCAUCAUUCAACAGACGUCAGCGAAAAAUACCGAGAUCAGUCUGUUAAAAAGGAUUGAGACAGACAGCUCUGGCAGAUCAAAGCUCCAGUCCGCGGGAAACUUAUAUCAUGAGUUAUCAUAAAAGCGGAGGAAAUAUGACGGUAGAGUCAGAUAACUUGACCGGGAGUUCAGGCAGCUCUGUUCAGAAAUUCAAGUUUUCUUACGACACAAUCCCUCCCAUAGUCUUCUUGGUCUUUAUUUUGGCGAUAAAUGGCUGUGUUAUUCUGCUCAUAACAUGUUACUCGUCCCUAAGAAAAACAAGCAAUAUCAUCUUGGCCAGUUUAGCAGUGUCAGACUUUCUGGUGGGAUUCGUUGGUAUUCCUCUCCUUGUGACCUGCAGUAAUGCUACACAUCUAAAUUUGGUAUGUACCAGUUCAAUUACGUUUUUCGAAUUUAUGGCCCUGUCUACCGUGCUACACAUCACCGUAAUGACCUGCGAUCGUUACAUUUACAUUAUGUGGGCCUUACGUUACCGUGAUAUUGUUCACCGCAGUAGAGUUCUAAUAGUCCUUGCAAUCACAUGGAUAAUUAGUCUUGGGCAGUCUUUAAUUCGCCUCUCGUGGACUUGGAAUGUCACCGUUAAAACAGCUCUUGAAGACUUAACUGCUCAACGCAAGAAGGAAACAAUAUACUUUGUAUUCAACAUCAUGGUGUUUUUCGUUAUUCCUCUGAUUUUCAUGGCUGCCCUGGACGCGCGUAUGUUGCUGUUGCUUCGAAGGCAGUGCAAGAGAAUUGCGCGGGAAAAUGUGCCAGUGGAAUUCAUCAAACAUGAACAAAAGCUCCAAAAGCGGCAAAGAAGAGCUGUGUUGACAUGCGUGCUGCUGCUCAUCCUGUACGUCUUCUUCUGGCUGCCUUAUUUUACUUUACAACUGUUACAGCUUUACAGUCAAACACGCCUUCCUAACAAACUUCUCGUCACAAUAUACUACCUCCGGCUCUGUACAUCGAUAUUCAACCCGCUUGCUUACACGCUAAGGAAACAAGACUUACGGCGAAGAGUUAAAUCUAUCCUUUACAACUUAUUUCCUAGUUUACGGCGGGACGGUGCUGACGAUCGCACAGAACAGUUUCCACUGAGCAGCCGAACGGAUCAGUUUUAGUCCAAUGUUUCAACAUGAUAAGUAUCACAGAUCCGAUGUGGGGAAAAUAAUGCCAAAUUUUCAUUUCAUUUUCGUAGUGGCGACUUACUUGACCCUUUUCGAACCUGACAGGGAGGGAAGGUACUUCAUUUGAGGCCCCAACUAACUUUUAACAUUUGUAACUUCAAAAGCAAUAAGUCCAAAAUCUGGUGACGCUUCCGAGAAUUAUGAUCUGCAAACAACUUGGUAUAAAAUGUCAUUAGCCAAUAAUUUUGACGUUACCAUGGCAACUGUCUUUUGAAAUUUGAAGUUUCCUUUUUUUGGUUCACUUUCUUGCAAUAGUUUUCACUUUUUUAAUAUUUUUGAGCUUUAACUUAUCGGUCUUGACUAUUUUAGUGUCAGUUUUGGUUGUUUUCUAUUGUUUCGCAGCCGCCUUAAAAAAGGAAUAACAAUGCCAUCAUUAUUCCAUGUUAUAAACCUGUUACAGACUUAUGUUAUAGACUUCAAAGGACAUAUUUUGGACACGCGAUUAUUCCUCCGAGUUUCAUUUUUUUUCUUAGCACUCAUACUCUAAGAGUUACAAGAUUAGGGCUUAAAAAGUCCACCCCCUCUAGCCCCUGGUCGCAGAAGACCUAAGCGAAGUCGGUCUGAUUAGGGUAAACACUUGGUUGGCAAUUAACUCUUAUUUGCCAUUUAAAUCUGUCAUCGUCUUUCUUGAACUCGAAAUCGAUAUCAUAUUGUAUUUUUCAUUGAAAUUUACUCGGAACUUGUUCAGCAAACGAACUACAGUUAAAUUGUUAAAAGCGGGAAAGGUUUUAAAAGCAAAUGGACAGUACUGCAUUCUUGAUCCAAGAAAGAUGGAUUAGAGUAUCAAUCAUCUUGGGUUUGAGUUUCCAAGUGCCGCCUUUCUUUUUCCGAUUUAACAGUCUCAGGUUGUUGAUUUAUUGUUUAGAGCAGAACUCUGGGUAAGGCAAUAGGAAUCAGUUAUGUAGCACUCACCAAUAUCAAAGUGUAUUUGAUCGCCCUCGGAGAGAAAAAUUUAACUUGCCUCCAAAACAAUCAACCGCAAUGGAUUCUGGUACCUAGCAUUUCGGUCUCCAGAUUAAUAGCUACGUUGUAAAUUCGAAGUUAGGAAUCAGAUGUUAUCCCAGACUAAAGUCCAUUUCCCAUUGAAACGCCAGAAAAUUGUAGUCUAGCUAAAUGGAGAAGUAAUUGAUUUUAAUAUGGAAAAUUAAUAGCAAUUAAUUUAAAUGUAAGAAAGGUUUUUGUUUUUUCGCCUAGCGAACAAGUGUUUAAAAAGGUCUGUAAAAACACAUAUGUCAGACAGAGCAGUUAUUUAUCUUCCGCUUGUGGCUGUUAGCACUUAGGCACCAGCCACACUACGCCGGAGAAAUUUGAAAACACAGCUUAGCCUUCCACACUAAUCCGUUAUGAAAAGAGAACUU